CCAAUUCGAUCCCUUCUAUCUAUCGAUCCAAUCCAACGCUGCAGAGACCCUCAAACUUCACCUCUACUCUCUCUCUCUCUCUCUCUCUCUCUCUCUCCCUCCUUCCGGCGGAGCUACGGCGAGCCUUCUCCCCCGCGCCGCCGCGCGGCCGGCGAGCAGGUUCGGAGGAGUCGCGGCUCCUCCUCCUCCUCGCCUUCCCUAGCCUUCUCCGGCCUCGCGCUCGCUCGCUCGAGCCGAAUUUGGAGUCGGAGAUUGUGAUACUCCAAAAUCCAAAUUGGAUUAGAUUCUACAUGACAAGAGAACAUGGCACCUGGAAGCAAGGCAGAGAGAAAAGCAGCAUUAGAUGCUGGAGCUUGGAUGUUCAACAUUGUGACAUCUGUUGGUAUCAUCAUGGUCAACAAGGCCUUAAUGGCUACACAUGGUUUUAGUUUUGCUACAACAUUGACUGGACUGCAUUUUGCAACCACGACUUUGAUGACAUUAGUAAUGAAAUGGCUGGGAUAUAUUCAACCGUCCUACUUACCAGUGCCAGAACUAAUAAAAUUUGUCUUUUUUGCAAACCUAUCAAUUGUUGGGAUGAAUGUUAGUUUGAUGUGGAACUCUGUUGGAUUCUACCAGAUUGCCAAGUUAUGCAUCAUUCCAGUUUUGUGCUUUCUGGAAAUCCUGUUUGAUAAAGUCCGAUACUCAAGAGAUACAAAGUUCAGUAUAAUGGUUGUUCUAGUAGGUGUUGCCGUGUGUACUGUGACUGAUGUUAGUGUGAAUUCACAAGGGCUCAUAGCUGCCAUAAUAGCGGUUUGGAGCACUGCACUACAACAGCAUUAUGUUCAUCACCUUCAAAGGAAGUACUCGCUUGGCUCAUUCAACCUCUUGGGUCAUACUGCUCCAGCUCAGGCAGCAUCUUUACUAGUACUGGGGCCUUUCGUGGACUUCUGGCUGACCAACAAAAGAGUUGAUACUUUCAAUUACACAGCAAUAGUUACGUUCUUCAUCAUACUGUCGUGCAUAAUUGCUGUUGGGACCAACCUUAGCCAAUUCAUAUGCAUCGGAAGAUUUACAGCAGUCUCGUUCCAAGUUCUAGGCCACAUGAAGACGGUUCUUGUGUUGACCUUGGGCUUUCUUUUCUUUGGAAAAGAGGGCCUUAACUUCCAUGUUGCGAUUGGCAUGAUCCUUGCUGUUAUUGGCAUGAUUUGGUAUGGGAAUGCUUCAUCGAAACCAGGAGGCAAAGAGCGCCAGGUUUACUCAGCACCCAGCGAGAAAACACAGAAACACAAUAUACUGUCAUCACAGUCUGAGCUUGACCAGAAGGUCUGAAAUACAAUGUUGAUGACUAGUGUUUUAUUGAACAUCUUGAGGACCAUGAUCUGAUUUAUUCUUUUUACACGUUUUUUAGAUGCUUCUAUAGAAUUUGUAGGCUAUAGCAGAAAGAGGGUACCUGGGCAAACUGUCCUGGCUAUACUUUUGCGGCGUAUAUGUCAACAAAAAGUAACUAGAUGUUAAUUUGAAUUUUAAUAUUUCUUUAACUGCAAGAGCAGUGCUGUGUAACUUGUGUUCCUAAAGUUUUUAUGUGCACCACCUGCAUGGGGUAAAAGUACAAAUGACUCUCCCCCUUGUGUUGUCUUGGUUGUUUUGACAAUAAAUUGUGUCAUUCAUUCAGUCGACAAGUUAGCAGCAUUUGUAUUUGGGGCACUAUCUGUAAACAGUACUGAAUCCUCAUGAAGAGCUUUGAUACAAA